CCGCACGAGCUCCACGUCCUCUUCUCCCUCCCCCACACCCUAAUCCACUCCAUUUCCCUGCUCCGAACACGGCACGGCUCCUCUCCCACUCCCAUCCCCCUCUCCAAUGGCGCUCGCCUCCACCACCGCCUCCCGCCUCAUCAGCCGCCGCCUCGCCGCUCCCCUCCCGCCUCCUCCUUCCUCUUCCUGCGCCGCGCCGCGAGGAGGGGCCAGGCCAGGGCCGCGCCGGUUCGCGGUGCGCUGGGAGGGCAGGCCGAGAGCGCUGUUGGGAGGAUUCUCGGACGCCGGCGAAGAUGCCAGCGACGACGAGGACGAGGAGGAUGGCCCCGGCGCGCUCAGCGGUGGGCCGCCGAGGCAGGAGAAGGGGUGCGAGGACGUCAUCGAGCUCGCCGCCGCUGCCUUCUCCGGGCCCGAGCGCUGGGACGUGCUCGGACUCGGCCAGGCCAUGGUUGACUUCUCAGGCAUGGUGGACGAUGAAUUCCUCGAGAGAUUGGGCAUAGAGAAGGGUACCAGGAAGGUCGUUAACCAUGAGGAGAGGGGACGGGUCUUGCGUGCCAUGGAUGGUUGCACCUACAAGGCCGCUGCCGGAGGCUCACUGUCCAACUCGCUUGUGGCUCUAGCAAGGCUUGGUAGUAGUCGGGCCAGCAGCUACCCUGAGCUUAGAAUAGCAAUGGCUGGCAGUGUGGGCAGUGACCCACUAGGUAGUUUCUACAGGCAAAAGUUGCAUCGUGCUAAUGUGCAAUUCUUGUCCAAGCCGGUUAAAGAUGGGACUACUGGGACUGUGAUUGUUCUAACAACUCCAGAUGCACAACGAACUAUGCUUGCAUACCAGGGUACAUCUUCAACUUUGGCUUACGAUUCAGACUUGGCUGAGAUAGUAUCCAAGUCAAAUCUACUGAUAGUGGAAGGGUACCUAUUCGAGUUUAGUCAUACAAUUGAAGCCAUCAAACAGGCAUGUGAAGAUGCUAAGAAGAAUGGUGCACUUAUUGCUGUUUCAGCAUCAGAUGUGUCAUGCAUCAAGCGUUGCCACAGUGAUUUUUGGGAUAUCGUAGGAAACUAUGCAGACAUAUUGUUCGCCAAUGCCAAUGAAGCAAGGGCGUUCUGCGAGCUAACCUCGGAAGAGAGUACCAUGUCAGCGGCGAGAUACUUGAGCCAUUCUAUCCCUCUAGUGUCUGUUACAGAUGGUAUGCACGGUUCCUACAUCGGUGUGAAAGGUGAAGCAAUAUACAUCCCCCCGCCGGCAUGUAUACCUGUGGACACCUGCGGAGCUGGUGAUGCAUACGCAUCAGGAAUCCUGUACGGUAUCCUCCGGGGCGCAUCGGACUUGAAGGGCAUCGGCCUUCUGGCUGCGCAGGUAGCCGCUGUUGUCGUCGGGCAGCAAGGCACGCGCUUGAGGGUUAAGGAUGCUGACAGAUUGGCUGAAUCGUUCGAGUUCCACCUUGACAACUUGGAGUUCUGUUCAGAUGCUGGAACGGACCAGGUUCCCAACUUAUGAUUUUUCCUCCCCCUCAAGUCAAGUCCUCAACAGGCGGCGACGAUGGGAACUACCGAGGGCCGAAGUGGGCUGUGCCCCCUUCUCUAGAAGAUCUCUUGAGCAAUUGUUUAGUUUUACCACUCAGACUCAGGUUCUAUAUAAAAUGGUAAACCAGCACCUCCUUCCUUGGAAGAGCAUACUAGCAGGUAAAUUCCAUCAGAUUGCCGGCCCUUCAACUUCAAGCCCCACCGCGACAGGUCGUAGGCACAUUCACUUGUAUAUAGCAUCUCAUUCCUUUAGUCCUAGCUCAUUGUCAGCUCUCUCGGCCUCUGUCACCAUUCCAUUGCUUACAUUUUUGCACGGGAAGGAUGCUACAUACAUUGAUACACGGGUAUUUUUAUUUCAAAAAAGGAACAUGAUAUCAUAUGUUUGGCUGUAAUGUAAUGCAGUCGAAAGACAAAUGCCAUCUUGGUCUAGAAUGUGAAUAAACUUCUUUCGGCGGAACCUGUGUGUCCACUGACCGAAUUCGCGUCAAAGGGGAUAUGCUUAUCAUCAAAACUGUAAUGCGAUCGUCCGACUUUGUUGGAUGGGAUUGGGAUUCGAUUGUGGUUGGGUGGGACGUCGCCUUCAGCAGCGAAAGGUAUAAUAUCUUGAGCUACUAGUCAGAGCUGCACUGCAACCAAGUGCAGUUCAGUGACCCAGAUUCUCUUCUUUCUGCUAGCCUAUAUAUAUGGUACUUGUUCUGCUAGCUUUGUUUCUAGCUUGUUAAUUUUUUGGAUGCUGCGUGGCGUGGAGCACACGUAUGCUUGCUUGUUUGCAAACUUUUUUUGUUUGAUUUAGGAACGCCACCUGACUGUAACAUGUUUUCCUAGAAAUACGUGUCGACCUGCUGAGCCAUUGGCUCAACAGUUGGCGAGAGCUGUAGACUGUAGAGAGUAGAGUAGAUAGCACCAUUUGAGCAGCUCCACCCCAUGAUAAAGAAAAAGUUUUACAUAUAUACUCCCUUUGAAAACUAAUAUAAGAUCCAGUGAUCUAUAUCCAUUUUCCCGACAAGUAUUUUCGGACAGAGGGAGUACCAGCUAGAAUUUGUAACAAAAUCAGCAACAUUGAAGGCUAAAGUGGCGAGUUAGUGUGCGCCAAAAUUCAAAGUCUGAAGUAGUGUGAUCCAUCGUCUUAAUGUGGCGAGUUAGUGCGGAUCCGGAGUAACGUGGCAGAAAUUUGAUGGGCAGCAGUUUUAAUUCUCCUGGGAUUCAUGAUGCGCAAGCAAAUACCCGUUACGCCCCUGCCUACCCCCCACUGCCUGCUAGCAUAGGCCGUAAAUACCAGCGGAAGCCAGGGGCAGGCGUGACAAUUCCGGAAAGGAAAGGAAAACCCCCACGGAGACGCACGCAGCCCUCCCCUACUUGACUCGGAAUCCAACAGCACGAAACGAACGCACCGCUCGCUUCCGCCCCUCCCCAACCUGCGUACCCUCCCCCCCACCGCCGCGCCGCCCGCCUCGGCUGAACGACGGCCGGGCCCUCUCGGCGGCGGCGAUCGACGAUGGUGGUGGCCACGGAGGAAAUGGCGGUCUACUGCUUCGACACCCUCGUCGCCCACUACAGCGGCGAGCAGCCGCCGCCGCCCGCCUUCGAGGAGGGCGUCCACCCACUGUUUGUCACCUGGAAGAAGGCUACCAAUGGUUCCGAGCCACGCCUAAGGGGAUGCAUUGGAACUUUGGAGCCCCGUCAGAUUGUAAGUGGCUUCAAGGAUUAUGCGCUGACAAGGUAACUGUUCCAAGGACAUAGGAUUUCCAUGUGCUUAGUAUCAAUAUUUCCCAGAAGAUUUUCUAGUGCACUACCAGGAAGUGUCACACACUAUCUAUUGAUUGGAUUAUAUUAACUACACAAGAUCUCACUUGUAGUGCCCUGAGGGAUCGGCGCUUUUCUCCGAUACAGUCCAAAGAGCUGCCAUAUUUGGAAUGCACAGUUUCUAUAUUGACUGAAUACGAAACUGCACUCAACCACCUUGAUUGGGAGGUUGGAAAGCAUGGUUUAAUUAUUGAGUUCACCGAUCCUGACUAUAAUGUAAGACGGAGUGGAACUUAUUUACCUGAGGUUGCUGCCCAUGAAGGAUGGACACAACUAGAGACCAUUGACUCGCUCAUGAGGAAGGCUGGCUACAAUGGCACCAUCACUGAGUCUUUGAGGAAGAAAAUCCGCGUCACCCGCUACCAGAGUACCCUGUACACCAUGCACUAUGGUGAAUAUACUGCAUAUGUCAAGAAGAACAGAGGUGAAAUUAACGGGGAACCCAUAGUUAAUGGAUUCAAACCAGGCCAGUGAUUUAUCUGUACUGUAGCAGGUACUACAACUAUUUAUAAUUUGGCUUGGAAGGAAUUGGCGUGAGAAUUAGUUUAAAACAAAUCAAUUCUAGUCAUUGAUCUGCCAUCAUGCCAUUUCAUUCCAAAGAAUGUGGGGUGCCAUGUCAACAGCCCUCGUGUCAUUCUGGGACACAAAUUAAAUGGUGAUGGUUAUGUAUCUGUAAGCAUAUGCACUUUGAUUACAAAUAAUUGUGUGAAAUUAAUUGAUUUAAAUUGUUCA